AAAAUUGUUUCAGUAUAAAUUUAUCGUUUUGCAGGAAGUUUUUGCUUAAAUUUCAGCUACCUAAAAUUAAUAUAUAAUUAGAAGAAAUAAAUAAAUUUUGGAAAUAAGAUAUUUAAGUAUAUUUUUAAUUAUACAUAAUUUAUCCUAUUGUGUUUAUCAACAAAUUAGGGGAACAAGAUGUUUUCAAACCGGGUGAACCAUGUUCGGAAUCUAGCCAACGCAAAGCUUUCUUGCCUUACGGAUACUUCCGUUUUAAGUGCACUACGAUUAGAUAAUCAGAAAAAAAAUAUAAGACAGUAUCAUGAAGUACAAGGUGACAUUAUUUGCCCAAACAUAGUCAAAGGAAUUGAUUAUAUAAAAGAUCCUCGAUUGAAUAAGGGGUUGGCAUUUACCCUUGAGGAACGCCAAAUUUUAGGUAUACAUGGAUUGCAACCUGCAAGAUUUAAAACUCAAGAAGAACAAUUAGAACUAUGCAAAAUAUCUGUAAGCAGAUAUACUGAAAAUCUUAAUAAGUACCUGUAUUUAUCCGAUUUAUCAGAUCGUAACGAAAAAUUAUUUUAUCGUUUAUUGGCUGAAAAUGUAGAAGAAUUAAUGCCAAUAGUUUAUACUCCCACCGUAGGUUUGGCAUGUCAAAAAUUUGGUUUAAUUUACAGAAGACCAAGAGGUUUAUUUGUCACAAUCAGGGAUCGCCACCACGUCUACGAUGUUCUGAAAAAUUGGCCUGAAAAUGAUGUCAGGGCUAUUUGUGUUACCGAUGGAGAGCGCAUUCUUGGUUUGGGAGAUUUGGGUUCAUGUGGAAUGGGUAUUCCUGUAGGUAAACUUGCUUUAUAUACUGCUUUAGCUGGCAUAAAACCUCAUAAAUGUUUGCCAAUUCAAAUUGAUGUUGGAACAAAUAAUAAGGAUCUUCUCGAAGAUCCACUUUAUGUUGGCUUAAGGCAGCCAAGAGUUACUGGAGCAGAAUAUGACGAAUUCAUUGAUGAAUUUAUGCAAGCCGUGGUGAAACGUUGGGGUCAACAUUGUCUCGUUCAAUUCGAAGAUUUUGGAAUAUCAAACGCUUUCAGAUUUCUUGAGAAAUAUAGAAAUUUAUACUGCACAUUUAAUGAUGAUAUACAGGGCACUGCCGCUGUAGCUGUAGCUGGGCUAUACGCAUCUGAAAGAAUAACAAAAAAAAAGCUAUCUGAUCAUGUUUAUUUAUUUGCUGGGGCAGGUGGUGCCUCACUUGGAAUCGCAGAUUUAACUUGUAAAGCUAUGCAACUUGAAGGAAUUUCAAUAGAGGAAGCUCGAUCAAAGAUUUGGAUGGCAGAUAUUGAAGGAUUGUUAACUACUGAUAGAAAUGUUACCCCACAGCAAAGGGUUUUUGCUAAAAGUCAUGAGCAACUAAAAAGUUUGGAAGAAAUUGUCAAUCAAAUUAAACCUACAGUUUUAGUUGGUGCUUCCGGUGCUCCCAACAUUUUCAAUGAGAAAAUUCUAAAAACAAUGGCAGCGAAUAACGAUCGGCCAAUUAUAUUUGCAUUGUCAAAUCCAACUACCAGAGCCGAAUGUACAGCUGAGUCAGCUUACAAAAACACUGAUGGUCGAGCUAUUUUUUCAUCUGGUUCACCAUUCGGGACUGUUGAACAUGGUUCGAAGGUGUUUAAACCGGGUCAAGGAAAUAAUGCCUAUAUAUUCCCUGGUGUAGCACUUGGUGUAAUUUGCACAGAAACUCAUCAUAUACCAGAUGAUAUGUUCCUAAUAGCUGCACAAGAACUUGCUCAAUUUGUAAGGCAAGAAGAUUUAGAUGCUGGUUCUCUUUAUCCGCCUUUGAGCAAGAUUCGUGAGGUUUCAAUGAAAAUUGCGAUCGGUAUUACCGAAUGUGCAUAUGCAAAAGGACUUGCUGCAACAUAUCCUGAACCAACCGAUAAGAAAAAGUGGCUUGAGGAACAGCUUUACAGUUUCAAUUACGAAUGUUCUUUACCAAUAACAUGGAAUUAUCCUGAACUGCCACCAAUUAAAACCCGAAAAUUAGAGCCUACAAAACUUUUUGACGACAAAAAUGAGGAGUAAGAGGAAGUACGGUCAAGUUACAGAAGUUUAAUUGAAGUUUUUCAAUCAAUGAUGUUGUGACAUAACAUACAUAGAGAGAUUCUUGGGACUCAAAAAUCGUCAAUUGAUUUUUAACGAUUUUUCCAGAAAAAAUUUACAUUAAAUUUUAUUUCGAUUGAUAUUUAAAAACAAAACUAAAAAAUUAAAAUAUUAAUUUUAAAUUACUAAAAUUUGCACUUAAAUAUUACAUUAUUUGAUUUUAUGGCCCUCAUGGAAGUAGAAUACAUACAUGCAUACGCAUACAUAUUGCUCAACUAUUUAUUUAUUCCGACUUCUUUUAACAAUUUAAAAAAUUUUCUUUAGUUUCAC